AAAGCUUAUGAUUUGUUUUUGUAAAGUUAAAUAUUUUAUUAAGCUAAUUGAUCAGCAGUUACUUCAUGUAUAUAUCAUCCCAAUGUCCAUGUGCAUUGAACCUUCCCCUUUUUCAAGUUAAUAUACUUUCAAUAUAUUUCUUUUGAUUCUGUUUAUUAUUUAAUUGUUUUUGUUUAAUCAUUGUAAGUAGUUUUAAUACCAAUAAUAUAAUAUAAUGAUAUUAUAAAGCCCCGGUUGAGGGGUGGAGCUUGGCAUUGAAUGCAGAAUUAAUUGAGGUGAAAGCUGAAGGAUCAAAACAAAGGAAAAGAAGAAGAAAAUAUGGCAGCUAAUAAUAACACCAUCACCACCAUUCCUCUGCUUAGUCCAUAUAAAUUGGGCAAAUUCAACCUCUCUCACAGGGUAGUUUUAGCACCAUUGACAAGAUGUAGAUCAUACAAAAAUGUACCUCAACCACAUGCCGUGUUAUACUACUCUCAGCGUGCAACCAAUGGUGGAUUGCUCAUUACUGAAGCAACAGGAGUUUCUGAUACUGCACAAGGAGAAGGUUACCCACAAACACCUGGAAUUUGGACAAAAGAGCAAGUGGAAGCAUGGAAACCAAUUGUGGAAGCUGUCCAUGCCAAGGGAGGCGUCUUCCUUUGUCAAAUUUGGCAUGUAGGCCGGGUUUCUACUUAUGGGUUUCAGCCUAACGGUGAAGCUCCAAUCUCUAGUACUGACAAAGGAGUGACACCAGGUCUUGAUGGAGUAGACUGGUCUCCUCCUCGUAGACUACGAACCGAUGAAAUCCCCCAAAUUAUCAAUGAUUUUAGGCUCGCUGCUCGAAAUGCCAUUGAAGCAGGAUUUGAUGGGGUUGAGAUUCAUGGUGCAAAUGGUUACUUAAUCGAGCAGUUCCUGAAAGAUGGAGUAAAUGACAGAACUGAUGAAUAUGGGGGCAGCUUGGAAAACAGAUGUCGAUUUGCACUAGAAAUAAUUGAAGCUGUGGCUAACGAAAUUGGAGCAGACAGGGUUGGAUUGAGAAUAUCACCUUAUGCCGAUUUCAUGGAUGCCAUUGACUCAGACCCGGAAGCAUUAGGCGUUUACAUAGCGAGCGCAAUUAACAAAUAUGGCAUUCUUUAUCUUCAUGUAAAUGAACCUCGGAUGAUUGAAGUAAAUGGCAAGCUCGAAACUCCUCACGGCCUUCUCCCCAUUAGAAAAGCUUUCAAGGGGACUUUACUUGCCUGCGGAGGCUAUGGAAGAGAAGAUGGCAACAAAGCUGUUGCUGAUAAUUACACGGAUUUGGUUGCGUUUGGGCGACUGUUCUUGGCUAAUCCAGAUUUGCCAAGGCGGUUUCAGCUGGAUGCUCCUCUUAACAAGUACAAUCGGGACACUUUCUACACUCCUGAUCCGGUCAUCGGUUACACUGAUUAUCCAUUUCUUGAAGCCUCCACUUGAUUGAAAUUUAAUCUUACACGUACUAGGGAAGAAAUUGUCUGUUGUUUCACUUGUGUUCGAAUUCCCAUGAAACUUAAUCUGGAUAUGGAAAUUGAAAGGAAUCAAUAAAAACCUGUUAAAUUUAAGCUGUUUUGUAUACAAUCUAAGACUCAAUUAAAUAAAAAAAAUAUUUUUGAAAAUCUUGUGAUUAAAAAAUUAAUAAAAUAUUAAACUUAAUUUCAAUCAUAAUCUCAUAUAUUGAAAAAAAUCCGGGCCGGGAUUGGCAGUUGGCUACAUCCACUUUGGGCCAUGAUCAUUCCCAAAGAAGCCCAUCAACGUGGCACUCGUGGGUCGGACGGUAAUCGGACGAUGGGAAUAUGAGCUGUAACCGCCUUAAUUGUAGCGUCAAAUGUAGGCAGUCUCAAACCCUGCCUGCCUCUUCUAUCUACCAGACAUCAUAAGUUCAGUUUAAUUCACCCGCAGCAUUGUUGGAAUUGCGUGGAAAUUCAGUUCAGAAGUUAAAUGCUGUAAAAGGAAGAGAAAGGUGAAGUUAAUUC